CACAAACUAUUUCCAUUCAUUUCUACGGAGUGGAGAAGGAUUUGUACUCAUUACCUCUCCACACUUUAAUACAGAGCUACAGUAAAUUUAUCAUGGAUUUGGAAGGUGGCAAUUAUGAACCUGGUUUUGUGGGCAUCAGGUUCUGUCAGGAGUGUAAUAACAUGUUGUAUCCUAAAGAGGAUAAAGAAAACCGCAUUCUGCUCUAUGCGUGCAGAAACUGUGACUAUCAACAGGAAGCCGACAACAGCUGCAUCUAUGUGAACAAAAUCACCCAUGAGGUCGAUGAACUCACUCAGAUUAUCGCAGACGUGGCCCAAGAUCCAACACUGCCUCGGACGGAGGACCACCCAUGCCCAAAGUGUGGCCACAAGGAGGCGGUGUUCUUCCAGUCUCACAGCAUGAAGGCUGAGGAUGCCAUGAGGCUUUACUAUGUCUGCACCGCCCCACACUGCGGCCACAGAUGGACUGAAUGAGAAGGAUAAAGCCAUGAAUGUCAAAAGAUGAGGACGUACUCUGCGGUCCCAUCUCACUAUUGCUCCAUUCCUACAUGUUAUUUCUCAGGUUAGGGGACAUAUGAUGUGGAGUGGACAUAUCUGGUCAGUGACCCAAUUGUAGGUCACUGAUACAUUUGUGAAUAAACUAGUGUUUAAUUUUAAAUUUUCCCUCUGACCGCGAGACCGAAGUCCGAGACCUUUUUCCCUCAAGGAUCUUUAUAGUUUCUCAUUUUAAUAUUUCACACUGUAUUUUUUGAAGGUUUGUAAUAAAAGAUUACAAAAACUGAA